AUGCUUCAUCGUUUCAAGAAAUUAAAUGAUGAAGAUUUGCCAAAUGAACCAGCUUUGGGCGAUUUAGAAGCGAACGGGAAUAAGCAGAAUGAUGAAAAAAACGAUAAAAGCAGAAGAGCUGUUACGAACAGUGUUUGCCAAGGAAUUCCAAACAAGUUCACUGAAAAGCAUCAAUAUUAUAUCUUGGAUUCGGAAGGCCUACUUACAACAUAUAGAGAAGAAUGGGAUCGUAUCGAGAAAUUAGCUUCAUCGAAAAAACGCUUUGAUUCAUAUAACCAUAGUGGGAAAUUUUCAGGACGAUCUUCUCGACAAUCUUCAGUCUCUUACGGACCAGCACAAGAAUUGCAAUCGUUCCAAAGUCAUAGAAGCCGAUUUCCAAAUAUUAAACCUAUUGCCCGUAGACCGCAAUCGUUUCGAAAUACUUCAUCUAUUUAUGGAUCUUCAAGCAUGAAUAGAGAAAUCCAUUCGCCAAUGGGAAAAAAGAGUCAACAAUUAGUUUCUGUAUUUCCUCAUCGAUUUGAUUUUUUUUAUUUGUCUGAGUAUGGUGGUGAUUAUGAUGAUAAUCUUGAUGAUGACUAUGUUGAUAAUGGUGACGAUGAUAGCAGGAAUUUUUUUGUCGCCAUUGCUAACAGUAUCAAUAAUCAAUAA